CUGGCCGCGUUGGCAGCCAGGCUGCAGGCGUCGGAAGUCGCGCGUGCGCAGGAACGUGAGUCUGCUCAGAAUAUCCAGCGUUUCCAUGUGGGACAGAUACGCGACCUUCAAGCAACAUCUGCCCAAGCUCAACCUGAACGGGGAACAUCCGACCCUAAUCGGGCAACUCCCAUACAAACGGGAAGUGACAACCCUGAACGGGCAACGGGCGUAAUCACGGGAAACGCAACGGUCGCAGGUACACAACCGGGACAGAAGAACACGACCGAAGCCGACUGGGAACAUCUACUGCCAACACUGCCGGGAGUCUACGUCGCGCGUCUAGCAAGGACUCUGAGGCCGACCGUGGUGAAAAAUGAGCCGGCCGCAGUUAAUGCGGCACACCGAUCUACUACGGCAACGCAGGUUGCCCCGACGGGGACCUCCCGUCCAGGGACCAAAACGACGGUGAAGAAGGAGCCAACGGAGCCAAAGAAGGACCCGCCCAGGAAGGACGAACGCAGGAAGGACGAUCGCAAGAAGGCGUCACGCAAGGGGCGCCGCCGGGUUCGCGACUCGUCCCCGGAUUCGAGCUCCAGUUCCUCGAGCUCGGAUGAUGAUAGCUCCAACUCGGACGACAGCCUGGACGACGAGGACGCUACACCGACCGUGGGAUCAACUACGGUUGGGGAUGGCAAGACCUCCUGGACGUUCCGCCCGUAUGUCAACUCCAGCACGCUAGGGCAGUUCGAUGAGAAGGCCCCGCUUGAAGAUCGACGUACCUGGUGGGAGAAGUUAACCAAUAUCUCCGUCCAGGGUGGUUGGUCCGACCAGACCAAGGUUCGAGAGCUCAAGAUGAAGUUGUCACCUGCCGCCCGGAAUUGGCGCGGCCAGCUGGGGAAGCACGUCCAGAGCAAUUGGAAGCGCUUCGUCCAGGAGUUCCGUCGCAAGUACCUGAAGCUCCGGACGUCGGAGUCUGAACGGUAUUAUACCAUGCGACAGAAGACGUCUGAGACCCCGAUGGAGUUCUUCUACAGGCUGAACGAGGCUGCGGUCAAGGCGGGGAUCAAGUACCGGAAGUCCAAGAAGGAGCGCAAGCAACAUGUCAAGCGUUUCCUGAAGAAUCUCCGGGACUCCCAGCUGAAGGCCAUCCUGGCUAACCAGAAGGAUCGCAGCCUGGACGACCUCGACGGCAUCCUGGAGCAACAGGAG